AUGUGCUCGUAUUCGUCAACGGCAUGUUCGAGUCGGUACUAUGGCGUUGCUUCGUCUGCUUACGGCAUUAUUCGACCGAUUGGAGAGGGUUCUUUUGGUGUUGUGAUGAUGGCUCGAAAACUUGAGACCGGGGAGACUGUGGCCAUCAAGCGAAUCCCAUUGAAGAGUGAUCGACGCAGUGAAAUAGAAGUGAUUCGCGAGAUGUUUGCGCUGAGAAAUACGGACCAUGAAAAUGUGGUAAAAUUGCUGGAUAUAAUCUCGGGAGGGGACACCAUAUCGCUGGUGAUGGAGUAUGUGGAGUCGAAUCUGAAGUUGGUUAUUGAAGACGUGCGUCGUCCGUUGAACGACAGUGUGGUUAAGUUUUAUUUAUUUCAACUGCUAUGCGGCGUUGCAUACCUACACAGCAUUGGCAUAAUGCACAGAGAUCUCAAACCACAGAAUGUGAUGAUAUCAGCAGAGGGCAAAUUGAAAAUCACUGAUUUUGGCCAAGCUUGCUUAUAUUUUGCAAACGAUCCGAAUAGAACCUAUGAACAUCAGGUCGCAUCGCGUUGGUAUCGUGCUCCGGAACUAUUAUUCGGUUCGACCAAAUACACUCCAAAGGUUGAUUUAUGGUCAUGUGGUUGUAUAUUAGCUGAGCUGUUGAAUGGAGCACCAUUAUUUGCGGGUAGAAAUGAUUUGGAGCAAAUAGCCUUAGUGAUGGCUGUACUGGGCUCGCCGAACGAGCAAAAUUGGAAGGGCUGGAGUGAUUUGCCGGACAGUCGCAAGAUUGUUUUCGAUAGUAUUGAGGCAGUUUCCGAUUGGAGCACUGUUGUACCACUGGCAUCAUGGGAAUGCAUAGACUUGUUGCAGCAUUUAUUGGUCUAUAGUGACGAGCUAAGGUAUUCAGCAGCUGACGCGCUCUCGCAUAGAUAUCUGUUGGAUUCGAUACCGAGUCGUGCACCAUACGUACCACCACCCGUCAGCCAACAACAGUCAAAACGAGACACGACUGUACUCGAAUAUGAUCCCAAUAUUGACGUAUCGAGUCAGUUUUACGGAAUUGCCGAUUUGUAA